CCAACCUGUAGUGGCAGCUGAAGAGUGCGGAAAUGACGGGUCCAACCAGACUUACACCUUUAAGCCUGCUGACGUUGAGCGGGAAGUAUCGUGUCUUGUUGGGCCUGUGUUAUGCGACUACGGUACUGUCAACGUACCUAGGUACUUCCAUUGAGCUGGACGCCGCGCCCUUGCGAUCCCACCGCGGAAGCUGGAGUGGGCCAACUCCAUCGCCGCCGGCCUGUUGUGGAAGCAGCCUCCGAGGCAUCAUCUCGUCCCCCCACCUGCUGCGUCCACAACUAACUUGCUUGCGCCGUCAGCUCCGCUGACACAACGAUACCUCCGGCUGUGCCGGCCCCUCGAGCACGCCAUCUCCAGAACACCACCUCCCUUGCGCCGACGAGACAACUCCAGGCCGUCGCCACGGGGGCGUCCAGUUGCACUCUCCGUCCGACAACAUGGCUGCGGGGCACAGGCCAACACUGCUCUCGCUCCCGCCCGAGAUCCGGGAGCAGGUCUACCGCCUCCUGCUCAACCCGGACGCCAAUCGCGUCUACGAUCCAAACGACUACAACGACUACAACUACAGCGACUCGCUCGUCCUCUAUCGCCUCAACCAGCAGAUCUACUAUGAGGCCCGGCGCAUCUUCCGCGACCUCAACAUCUUCGUCCGCAUAGAGACUCCCUGGCCCGAGGCGCAGGAGCACGUCGCCAUCGAGGGCCAUGUUCCCAUUCUCAUAAAGGGCCAGCAGGCCAAGCGCUUCACCGGCCACAGCCUCAGCGUCCGCAUCGAGGCCCCGCCUCAGAUGUCCCUCGACGAGACCGAGACCGCGCAUUUCGUCAUCCUCCUCGACGACCUCGACAAGUUCACUCGCACCUGGUUCUACUCGAACCUCUCAAAUCCAGGGCUGAAUCAUUUCCUCAGCCUCAAGCUGCACCUGCGCGACCCCUAUGCGCUUGACUACGAGGAGAAGCUCAUGCCCAAGUGGCUGCAGCGGAAGCUCCUCAUGCCAUUCGCCAUGGUCAAGGGAUUGAGGCAGCUCACGCUGACGGGUGAGCCGACGCCUUUGGCGUCAAUCGACAGCGAGCUGCGUGCGGCGCAAGCUGUGCCUACGCCGCCUCCAGAGCACUGCCUGAGCGAGGCCACGAGGCUCAAGGCGGAGGGCAACGAGGCCCUCAAGCAGGGCAAAUACCACGAGGCCCUAAGGAUAUACAACGAGGCCUGGGAGGCGAUACACAUAGUCAUCAGGGGUCGCCAGCGGCACGUGCACGCCGAGGCGUUCUUUGCACAGCGCAUGACGCAGGAGCCCUGGCGUGACAAGGACGGGCGGCUGGAGAGGUUGAACCUGCGGGUGCAGCUCGUGGCGAACACGUGCCUGGUCUUCCUCAAGCUGGAGGACUGGGAGGAGCUUAUCUUCUGGGGGAUGCGGACCAUCAUCGCCAUUAGGCAGGGCGUGCUGGGACCCCUGGAGGAUCAAUGGGAUGUCCCGCCGCAGGAUGAGGCCAUGCUUACCUUUCCCGCGGCGGUGCAGAUGGGCAAAGUGUACUACCGGACGGCACUCGGGUACAAGGCAUUGCAGGAUAAGGCGCAAGCGAGGAAGUUGCUGAGGGUCGCGGAGGUAUAUUUACCUCACGAUGAGUCGGUUAAGAAGGAAUUAGUAGCAUGUGCACUACGGCUAGGGUGAGUGAUGUUGGCAGAUAUAGUCUGAGCAUAUAAUUAUAUAGCAAGCGAUCUUUUGCAUUGGGUUCCCAGGUAUAUAGAGGGUUUUCAUGAUACCAUCACACGACUUCGUCAAACGUCACUCAGGCAGUCACCCAUCUUGAAUUAUUGACAACGGAUCAUUUAACCGUGGCCGUCUUGGG